AUGCGCACAUUUGGCGAAACCAUUGUUCCCGUUGAUUUUACCCUUAUAAACACUGGUUAAAAUGGCAGCAAGCAACGUUUUUACUUGAUGCAAAAAAGGUAGCUAGGAUCGAAUCAGACAUGUCUGCAAGCAAGUCUUUGCCACUAUUCAAGCAAAAGGUUGAAAAUGCCGUUUCAAUGGUUGCCACAAUGGCAGCAGAGCAAAAAUUGGAGGCUGUACAAUUUUGGAACACCAUGUCAGAGAAACUCCAAGAAAUCGUCAACCAUUCGGCAGCCGAUAUCAGUGCGCUUAGCCUUGCGCUUGAAAAGGAAAAGGAGGCUGCAGAAUGCAGUUCGACUUAUCAGGACUACUUGUCUGGGGCUAAAACAGAAAAAAAUGAUAUUCCAAAAGACCAUUUAAGCGUCGUCACUCUAAAGUGUUCAAGUUCUGUUGAAAGCAGUGAUUACUCGGUUAUUUGUGAAAUUUGCGGCAAAAAAUUCAUCUCAAACUCUGCACUAAGUGCACAUAAAUCCUGUCACAACAAGCCAUUUGAAUGUGAUGAAUGCGGCUGCAAAUUUUCGACUAAAAAUAAUCUAUUGGUGCACAGAAGGUGCCACACUGGUGAAAAACCAUAUCAUUGCAAGGAGUGUGACAGCGCCUUUACGACCAGGGGCAACCUUGCCAGGCACGAGAAAGUGCAUACAGGGGAUAAACCCUGGCGCUGUGAACAGUGCGGCUCACAGUUUACGGAGAAAAAGUCUCUCAAAGUGCACGAGAGACUUCACACUGGUGAGCGUCCAUUCCAGUGCUCCUUGUGUCCAAAAUCAUUUACACAAAAAUCUGUGCUUCAGUCGCACAUGGCAAUGCACCUAGACCAAAAAGUGCACCUUUGCGAGCUUUGCGGAAAGUCUUUUCGACAAAAGGCUCAACUAAGGUGUCAUAAAAUGAGGCAUAAUAACAUCAAGAGGUACACGUGCACAAAUUGCCCUGCACAAUUUCUUACUAAAGGUGAUUUAGCACGACACGAACGAACGCAUACUGGAGAAAAACCUUAUUCUUGCUUGCUUUGUAAGAAAACUUUUACUCGGCAACAAACAUUAACGGAACAUAUGAACCGGCAUUACGGGUUGCGGCCUUAUUCCUGCAAGUACUGCCAAAAAAGCUUUACGGAGAUGUCUGCGUGUUACAAGCAUUCGAAGAAGCAUGAAAAGCUUGACAAGGAGGUGCCAGUGCCUCAGAUUCAAGAAAAUGAAAAGGAGCAUAUUUACAUAAUCAGCAAUGGUGAUAUUGGUGAAGAAAUGGAUGGUGUGAUUCAGAGGAGUCUCGAAUCUAUGAUUUAAAAUUUUGAUAUCGGCUGGGAAGAGGUUUUAAUUAUUUCUAAAUUUUUUUCGGUAGUCCUUGGGGACUUUUAAGGUUUAUUUAGUUAAAUGAUUACAACUAUACUGCUGUAUACUGCAUUAAAAUUGAGUCCGC